AUGGACGGAGGAUUUCUACUAGUUCUUCUGUUUAGUCUCACAGCUGAAAUAGCUUGUGGUGAGCAAAAGAUAGAGUUAUGGAGAGAGUGGGAGCUGUGGAAGAUGGAGCACGGGAAGAGCUACGAGUCCCAGAAAGAGGAGCUGGAGAGACAUCUCGUGUGGCUCUCCAACAGAGAAUACAUCAACGCACACAACAAAAACGCAGAGAGUUUUGGGUUUGCACUCUCCGUGAACCAAUUUGCUGACAGACAAGACGGUGAAUUUGCUGAGCAAUAUCUCAGCCAGAGGACCAGUGAGCCCUCUAGUCACCAGGUACUGACCGAUGAACUUUUAGUCAGUCUCGGCUGGUCAAAGGACGAUAACCCAGAAUAUGUUGACUGGAGACAAGAAGGAAUUGUCACUCCAGUCAAAGAUCAGGGUCAGUGUGGGGCAGGGAGCUACGCGUUCUCGGCAGUCGGUGCGAUAGAGAGCACCACAGCUAUUGCAACUGGUCAGCUGAGGAACCUGAGUGCCCAGAACAUCAUUGACUGCUCUACCUCAUUUGGGAACCGAGGCUGUCAGUCUGGUUCAGUCUCCGGGGCUCUCAAAUACACAGUCUCCACUGGUGGAAUUGACACCGAGGAGGCCUACCCUUAUGUGGCAAGGCGAGCCUACUGCAGUUUCAAGUCAGAGAGCAUUGGAGCAAGCAUCUCUGGCGUCAUUUCACUAAGAAAUGGCAGCGAGAGUGAUCUGAGGAUGGCUGUGGCCUACAAGUUGAACCAUUCCAUGCUAGUGGUCGGCUAUGGCACAUACAACUCUGUCGACUACUGGAUUGUCAAAAACAGCUGGGGCACGAACUGGGGUAUGAAGGGAUACAUCUACAUGUCAAGAAAUCGCUACAAUCAGUGUGGAAUUGCAACCGCUGCUUUGUACCCUGUCAUCUAG